CAGGUAUCACAAACUGGAUUCACUCUGCUCCACAGCUCUGUCACUGGAUCCAGGUGCAGCAGGUAUCGCAUACUGGAUUCACUCUGCUCCACAGCUCUGUCACCGGAUCAGGGUGCAGCAGGUAUCACAUACUGGAUUCACUCUGCUCCACAGCUCU